AUGUAUGUUACAAGGCGUUUGUCGGAAUACCAAAGAAACAGAUCGGAGUUGAAACAGCCGGCGCCGGAAGGUCCAAACUCCGGUGUACUUAUAAUUCAAGAUGAAGAGUCAAAGCCAACCUGUUGCUUCGGAUCUUGCUACGAGGGUGGACUCAAAGGCUUACCAUUUCCACAGAACGUGAAGCUGACUGUAAAUUACACCAUCACAGUUAAUAAUGUGACCAUCGCUUAUCGUGAUCCUGUCGUUUUCAUUCCGGUUCUUGACCAGCCGGUAUCUUCUAACCGUUACUACGCCAUUAAACGAGGCGGGAAACACUCAGGAGAAGCUUCGGCUAAUGCGAAAGAGGAAGACAGAGUUCCCUGCUGCUUUUGCUUCAGCUAUGUACCUGAAGCUAAACCACAACAUGCAGAUCCUUAUGACACAUACCAACAAUUCGAGAUCCAUCAACCGAAAUCAUUGUCUCGAAAUUACUUUGCAACAUCCGUUGCUCCUGACGGGGUACCACCAGAGUUCCUCAAGAGAAAGUAUUGGACCGUUGAGUACUCGACAUCUGAAGACUUUGGUCUGAGAGAUGAUGCAAAUGGGAUUAACACCAAGCUUCGGUCCGAGCUUCCUAGUGAUCUGAACACAAGCGUUGCGGUAGGGGAUUGGUACGUACCUUUCAUAUUCGUGAACGAAGGAGACGCAAAGCAUCAGCUUGAGAGCUCAACUUAUUAUAGCAUGACUCUUUACCAAAAAUGGGAGGAGGUUUACUCUUACCAAAACACUUGCAAAGAAAACCGCGAGGUUGUAGUUAAUGUUGAAGUGGAACCAGAAGUUGUGAAGCUUGAGGGACAAGAGAUUCGAGAAAAGACAACAAGUGUAGAUGAGAAUGGGGUUGUUUGGUUUGAGGUUAAAGACAAGAAGAUAGGUUUGAGAUCUGUGGUUCUUGAGAGGAUGAAAUGGGAAGAAGAGAGAUUCGGGUGGAAGAACGAUCCGCUUAGACCGGUGGUUCAGAGAUCUGAGAGAUUCGAUGGAGGUGGUUCGAGUUGGAAGAGUUAUCGAUGUUAUGUGUUGGUGGAGAGCUUUGUGUUGAGGAGAAUGGAUGAGAGUUGUUCAGUGCUGACAUUUGAGUUCAGACAUGUUGAUAAGUUGAAGAGCAAUUGGGAAGCAUGAGAGAGAGCUUCUCGUGUUUAAGCUUUCAUGUUUGU